UUUUUUUUUUUAAUUUUUACUUUACCUCUCUUUAUGCAUGUCUGACAUCUUUGUAAUGGUGGCAACAUAUAUAUUUUCAUUGGAGAUGUAUUAAAUCCAAAUAUAUCAAGUGGAAAUUAAUACAGCCUUUCUAAUUUUAACAUUAAUAUCAAUAAAUUGCAUGCGAGUAAAGUCACCUUAAAGAACCUUUGAUGAACACCAUUCAUAAUAACAGAAUUAGGUCUGCAAUCUGGUGUUGAAGAUUCUAUGUAUGGACUUUCUUGAAUUCCUAAAAUAACUGAUUGAAAACUUUCAAAAGAAAAGGGUAAAGUUUUGUGCGAAUAUGAUGUAGACCUAACCGCUUGUUGACAUCAAAUGAAUCAAAUAUUUGAGAUCUAAUGUCCCGUAAAAUUAACACUCAAGCUGGGAAAUAUCGCCAAUUACAGUGUACCAUAACUUCCAGCUCCUGUGGUGUGUCCUUGGAUUUUAAGGUUACAACGAAAAGGUAUUCAUUACAAGUCAUUUUGUUUCUAAUGCAGAGAGAUUCUAUAUGAUUUGAUUUUUAGGUCAGACACUGUGAAGAGUUGAGUUCACUACCCUCCGUUCAGGAAGUGAUCGAUCCAUCAUCUGAUAUACUUUGGGGAUAGUACACUAGAGUACGGAUUUAUGAUCUUACCCCAGCGAAUAUUUUAUUUUCAUAUAGUAUAAAAGGAAAUAUUUGUAAAGAGUAUAGGGAAAUAUUGCUUUGAAAAUAUUUUGACAGUUUCCUUCGAUGAAAAUGUAUGUAGUGACGUUUUUAAAAAUAUGGUAUUUCUAUUCAUUUUUAAAGGGAUUUUUCAGCCUUCCAACAAAUCAAACAUGGAGUGCGCAUUGUACUAAUUAUUUGAGAGGAAAGAUAACAUGCUGUUCGAAUUACAGAAACGUUUCAGGAAGUUGUGAACCAUGUAUAGGAUCAUUUGGAAUGGAUUGUAAUACCACCUGCUUGGAGGGAUUUUAUGGAUUUGGAUGUACAGAGAAAUGUGAUUGUUUGCCAACUGAAUCAUGCCACAAAGUUCAUGGUUGUCUAGACUGCAUAGGAUCGUAUGGAGAAAACUGCAGUCAGUCCUGUCCUUUUGGAUUCUUUGGCUAUAAAUGUAAAGAAAAGUGUAACUGUAGCGGUGAUACGCAUUGGUGUGACAAUAUUUCCGGUUGCAAGAUUAAAGAUAGCGAUGUGAAUAAUUGGACUCAGGAAAACAAAAUGAAACAUUUAGCUUUCGGGGUAGCGGGAUCAAUCAUCGGAACGUCAGCAUUUUUGGGUUUGAUGUAUUUAGUGUGCUGCUGGAAUCUGAGAUCCAAUAGUACGAUGAAAGUUACCAUGCAAGAGGAGGGACAUUCUGGCAAUAGUCUAAGCGAAUCGCAAGAGCAAACGGAACGAGAAACACCAGAAUUUGGAAGACCUGUACGGUCUAAUUUGCGUCAAACGAUAGAUGAUGAAAUAAAUGCUGACUCAAGAAAAACUAUAACUCAUUCACGAUAUCAUUCACAAGAUACAUACGGAUGAUUGACUGGGUCUUCUGAUGACUUCAGCAAUAUAUCAAUUGAUACCAGCAACAAUUUACAUGAUUCGGAAAGUGAAAUUACCGGAGUACAACUUUGUUCAAUGUAUAAAUAUCGACCGUAUAGUUCAGUGAAAUAUAAUAGGAAAAACAUAAACCUCGAAGAAGAGCCCGCGUUAAGAAACACUGUUGAAGGCCAGGUUCAUCCUAAUGAUAUGCUGUUUAAUCAAAACGAAAAUGCGUCUGAUGUUGUCGAAGAUGUUGAUGAAGUGUAUGGGUUUCACAGAAAACUUGUAUGAUUUUACAUUCCAAUACUUGGAUGGAUGAUUUUGCUUGACUGUUACUUUUACAAGAAAUUAAAUUCAUUCUUAAUAUCAGAUCAUAUGAACAAUUUCAACACAGAAAAGUUGGGAGUUCGGUUGUUUUGGUGGAGAUUUCGGUCAUUCUUUUAAUUUUUAUGACACCCUUGCUAACACCAUCAUAUAUCCAAAUUAAAAGAUGGAAUGCAUAGCUCUGAUCCUUAGACAAAUUUGACUCCAGUCUUUGGCAUUCUGUUUUUUUUUAGUUCUUACAAGUUUAUUGUUAUCUCGGGAUUUCCAAUAUUUCAGCUUGAGCAUCACUGAAGAAACAUCAUUUGUCGUAAUGCGCAUCUGGUGCCUCAAAAUUGGUACCGUAUAAGUUUUACAUUACGACCCCUGGGUCGAAGCCUCUGCUGGUGGACUGUUAGUCCCCGAGGGUCUCUGGAGCCGAAUAGCUAAGUACUUCUUUACUAGCUUGAAACGGAUGUAUAUUUAAUUGCUGUUAUAACAUUUAGAAAUUCAUUUCCAAAUUAAGGAUUAUCUCCCUCAUGCAUAGCUCUGAUCCUUAGACGAAUUUGACUCCAGUCUUUGGCACUCUGGUUUUAUAUUUGUUCUUACAAGUUUAUUGUUAUUUCGGAUUUCCAAUAUUUCGGCUUGAGCAUCACUGAAGACACAUUAGAUGAAAGGGACAAAACUUUGGAGAUCAGCCUACUCCAAUAAGAUUCACAAUCUAUUCGUAUAAAAAGCUGCAUACCAUUCAGACAAGGAAUGCUUACUCCUCUUAGGCACCUAGUCCGACCUCUGGUGUGACCAGGGGUCCGUGUUUGUCCAACUAUCUAUUUUGUAUUGCUUAUAAGAGUUAUGAGAUUGAUCACUGUUCGUUAUCUGUAAAUCAUAAAACAAAGUGGAAUCAAAUUAAAUUGAAAAUUGAAAAGAGCAUUUCAGGAAAAUUAAAAAAGAACUUGCGAAAAUUCAAAAUUAUAAGUAGUAAUUCAGAGUAAUGGUUAUAAGGUAUAACCCCCGUGUGAACUCGGGUGUGAAAAGGAUAGGUCCUCGGCACUCCCUUUGCCUGUCGUAAGAGGCGACAAAAUAGGGGCAACCAGUUUGCCGUGGGUUGCAACCCGAAGGGACGGAGAGAGGGAUCCUGGUGGCUGAGGUUUACAGACACUGGGGUUUAUAGUGUGUGUUGACCAACACUCCACUUUGGCCCCGACUUCUGCUAGACGAGAGGUCAAGUUUGACCCGACUUGAUCAAUCGGCUGGUCAUGCCGAGCUGAAAAUAUCUUCAUGACAUAGUAUUGAUGUAUUUUCAAUAUCCUUAUAAUUAACUUUCCUGUUUUGUAAUUUUCCAAUACGCCAACAUUUUUAUGUCGAUAUAUAUAUAUAUAUAUCAAGCUGUGGUUCAGGUUCAAUCAGGUAAAUUUUAUCUGAGUAUAGAUUCUUUGUAUCCUUAGGGUCAAUCAGGGAAAUUUUGUCGGAGUAUAUAUUCUUUGUAUCAUCUUGGUGUCAGUCUUACAGGAAGUCCGUGUGACUUGACAUCGCCCAUGUUGGCCCUCCGAGGCGGGAGGGGAGCAAUAUUAUUCAUUCUACUAUGGCUACUUAAAAAAACCCAUUGUUUCUCAAAAGCUUUAGAGACCACUCUAAAUGAUGAGCAAAUUACCCCUGUUACCGAGCACUGGCCCCGUUUUAUCACACUUGAAGCAGAAAUAUCAGACGAGCAGACAAAACCUUUAACAAAGGUCUCACCUUUUCUUAUAUAAAAAGGUCUACAAGGAAUAAUUGGAACUCCAAAAUCCGUCAAGAAGUUGUAAUAUGGAGCUCUUCUUAUGGAAGUUUAAAAAACCCAUUCUACUACCUAGCAGGUAUAAGUGUCAUUGGUAAACCCCACUAUGGAUUAAAUCAAAGUAAAGGCAUCCUUUUUGACAGAGAUCACGACCUGGAUGACAUUCCUGAACAGGAAAUCCAAAGAGAAUUGGAACCCCAGGGAGUGAUCAAUGUCAAAAGGUUUACAAAAAAGGGAAUGAGAAUAUUGAACCAACAAAUACUUAUUCAUUAACUUUUAGAAUGUCAAUCCUCCCAACAAAUAUCAAAGUCGGGUUUUACCAGAUGAAAAUAGAAAUGGUUGUACCAAAUCCGCUGUGUUGUCUUAAAUGUCAGCAAUUUGGCCAUGGCCAAACAAAUUUUAAAGGCUCCGAAGUAUGCUUCAGGUGUGGUGAAGAGGGGUAUGAUGGAAAAGUUGCAACAAGGAACACAAAUGCAAAAAAUGAGAGAAGUAGAAGGCAGGCUACUACGGAAGAUCAUGAGUAUCAAAUGGACAGACAGAGUAUCGAACAUCGAACUCACAUAAAGAACAGGAAUCAACAACAUCAAUGAUGAAAUUAAGAAGAGAAGGUGGGUAUGUACAGAACAUAUACUAAGAAUGGAUAACACCAGGCAUGUAAAAAGAGCAUUGAGGUGGACACCGGUUGGCAAGAGGAAAUCAGGAAGGUCAAAGGGUACAUGGAGGAGGACGCUUGAAAGGGAGAUGAAAGAGUUGGGAUACAGUUGGGGUGAAUUAGAAAGAAAGGCAAAGGACAGAACUGGUUGGCGGACGCUGUUGGAAGCCUUAUGUGUUACCUAACACGAAGAGGAUAAAUACAUUUUUUUCAAGUUAGUGUCCAGAAAUCCUGGUUUCCCCUCGGACGACAUACUUUGUCAACUGCAGCUUCCAUUCCGGGUUGCCUGUCUAUGGAUUGAAAUAAUCGCUUGCUAUUUUGUACAUAUGUGAAUAAAAUUAGCUAACAUUGUCGCCACC